AUGGGAACUGUUAGUAACAUUGGUUUCUCUUCAUUAUUCAGAGUUUCUUUGAACACAGACCCACUUUCAAAACAAAGGAAACACAAAUCUCCAUGCAGUUUUACAGUUCCUCUGAACUACUACUCUACUAGGGUGAACAAAAUCUGUUGUAAACUAUCAGAAAGUGGGACUGAAGUUUCUAAAUCUAAGGAUAUGAUGGAAGAAUACAAUAUAGCUAUGAAGAGCAUGAUGAGGAAUCCUUAUGAGUAUCAUCAUGAUCUGGGUAUGAAUUAUACAGUUAUAACUGACAAUUUGAUUGUGGGGUCCCAACCACAGAAACCUGAAGAUGUAGAUCACCUUAAGAAUGAAGAAGGUGUGGCAUACAUUCUAAACUUGCAACAAGAUAAAGAUGCUGAGUUUUGGGGAAUAGACUUGCAGUCAAUAAUAAAAAGGUGUCGUGAAGUUGAAAUUCGGCACAUGAGGAGACCGGCAGUAGACUUUGAUCCAAACUCUUUGCGAAGUGCGCUACCUAAAGCAGUUUCAUCUUUGGAAUGGGCGAUUUCUGAGGGAAAAGGAAAAGUUUAUGUGCAUUGUACGGCAGGACUCGGAAGAGCUCCGGCAGUAGCAAUAGCUUAUUUGUUCUGGUUUUGUGACAUGAAUCUAAAUGAAGCAUAUGAUAUGCUAACUUCAAAGAGACCUUGCGGACCGAAUAAAAAAGCAAUACGUGGAGCUACUUAUGAUUUGGCUAAGAAUGAUCCUUGGAAGGAGCCGUUUGAGAGUCUUCCAGACCAUGCUUUUGAGGAUAUAGCAGACUGGGAGAGGAACCUGAUUCAAAAUGGUGUCCGCGCUCUUCGUGGUACUUGA